AUGAGCGACGUACCUGAAGCAGCAGCUUCUCUCUUUGGCUCAGCGGAAGAGUCUGCGGACCCCUUUGCAGUCAUCGGCACCGACGCCAGCGCUGAAGGGAACGACUCGGCACCCAAUGACCUCUUCCCGGACGACCAAUCGAAUUUCUUGGAUUCGACACCUCAAGAACAGGCGACAAAUUAUCAACAGAGUACAUAUGAAACCCAUUCUUCUGUUGGGUACCAGUCGGCGACGACGGGCGCUUCGUGGACGCAGACUGACGUGGUCAAUGAGGUUCACCAGUACCAAUACCAGCAAACGUCCUCGUACCAUACGGUCCAGACGGGAACGACAAUCGGUGGCCAACAAUCAGCAUACGAGCCAUCCACUUACCAGCCGUACGCACCCGCUGCUCCAGCCCAAAUCCCCGCAACAAUCCAGGUGUCAACGGCGGAUAGAUAUGCACCACCCUCUGUAGCCCCCGCAACGAACCAGCCGACGUCGUACUACCCGAAUGAUUAUUCGCAACCUGCUCCGAACUCUUAUUCGCCUUAUGCACCGACCAAUUAUGCGACAGCUCCUGCCCCUGCGAACGCUGUAGCCCAGGUCACAGCACCCCCGCCCCCAGCUCCAAAGGUCCCGGUAAGCAGGCCAAAGGUUGUAAAUGCUUACGAUCCACCGUUCCCAACGACGACCCGCAAACCCACUCGUCAAGCAUCGAAUAGCUAUGGAGCAUAUGGAGCGUAUCAGCCAGUGCAACCCAUGCCUCCGCCAUCUCCCUUCUAUGCAAACAAUCAGUUCGCCGCGCACCAAGGUCACCCUUUACCGCCGCCAGCAUCGAAUUACACCCAGUAUGGGGAGCCGCCAACGGCCAGGGCGGCACCACCACCACCUCCCCCGGCCAAAAGCCCACCCUCUGGCUAUGGACAUGCGCCUCCGCCUGCAGUUGCCCGGAUGCAGACUCCUGACUAUGUACUACCACCCAGAGCUGCUCCUCGCACCCAAACCCCCGAUUAUGGGCCUCCCAGGGCAGCUCCCCGUACGCAAACGCCAGACUACAGCCCUCCCAGAGCUGCCCCUCGCAUACAAACGCCCUCCGAAGGCCCUCCUAGAGCUAUCCCUCGUACACAAACGCCUGACCACGGCCCCCCGAAGGCUGCUCCUCGUACACAAACACCUGAUUAUGCCCCUCCGAAGGCUGCUCAAGCAACGCACAGUAGGACAAGUUCUCACGGGCGGCACAAUUCCGUAUCUGCAACAAACCCGCUGCAUACUUCCACCUACAUUGAGGAGGUUACUACUUCAUCCUACCCGCCGCAGCCCUAUGGAGUUCCAACUUCCUUUGAAGCAAGCGAAUCAGGCGGUAUUGAAGACGGUGCACAGUUCUCAGAAAAUCAAUCCGGUUCAGCGGCAGAUGCAUCUAUCGCGGCGCCAGGAGAAACCGAUGAAAUCACGUCUGAGUCGGCCAUGCCUCCCCCGCCUCCCAUGAAAAAGGAAACGGAUGCAGACGGCCUGGUAAACGGGAAGAAGCCCGUACCCGAUUUUUACGUCCCGACUACUUGGCCUAGGGAUGAAGAUGGAUCCUUGUCGACGGAGAUUCCUCGCGUAGAAUCCCCGGUCGCUUCGCCGGAUAUCCAUCACAUCAAUCAAGUACCUUCCUCUCCUCCAGCAUCGCACACGUCUUCUCCCUACGCCCCUCCACCUCAGUCCUACGCUCCUAAGCAGACGACCCAGACGUAUGACCCUUAUGCUCCAUCCCGGUCCACGAGCUAUGCCCCAACGGCACCAGCGACUAAUGCAGAACCAACUCCCCAACCUUAUGCAGCGCAACACUAUGCAUCCCAGCUUGCGUCUCCGCCCGUGGUUUCAAACGCAUACGCGCCCUCCCCAUCGCUCAUUGGAGCGGAUGACCCCCUGGCAAGGGUAUCGGCUAGGGCCCCUGUUUUCAGUUUCGGUUUCGGAGGCCGCCUUGUCACUUGCUUCCAUGGAGCAGCAUCAUUAAACACAGGAUUCGAUGUCGCUCUGAGCACUAGGAACACCACGUCUGUCAAGAUACAGACCUUGAACAAGUUGCUUCCCAAAUCUGCUCUCAGCGAGUCUGAAGCAGACUAUCCUGGGCCAUUGUAUGCUGAUCCAGGAACUUCUUCUCUCAGUCUGCGUUCCACGGCAACUUCCCAGGCGAAGACGAAGAAAGCACGAAUCGUGCAGUAUCUCGAGACCCGAGCGUCCGAGAUCAACCAAGGGCUGGGUUACCUCAAUGCUGCAGAUCGCCGAACGGCAGAGGCAAAAUUGGUGCUCAUCAACCUCUUGAAGAUCAUGGUGGAGAACGAAGGCAAGCUCUCGGGAUCUCCCACCGUGGACAACGCCGUUCGGUCUGUGCUCGUGCCACGACUCGCCGAGUCCGCCACAGGGCAGGCAGCUGCCCCAGGAUUUACGACGCUAGCGGUAGACCCUCAAAACGAUGUGUCCGGAGGAAUCUAUUCUGGCGGCGCUGUCACCUCUAGCUUUGAGCAGCCAAUCUCUGUUACAACCUUGCAGCCCUCUGCACUUAACAAGAUCGAAGACUUGCUCAUGCGCGGUGAGCGGAAGCAGGCUUAUGUCUACGCGCUGGACCAGAAGCUCUGGGCUCAUGCAAUGGUCAUUGCCAGUAGCAUCGGUAAAGAGGCAUGGAAGGAGGUCGUCAACGAAUUCAUCCAAGUCGAGUUAGGUGCGCAUGACGAGGCCCCUGGCUCAGCCUCACUGCCAGGGUCCAACGACUCUGCCGGUCACUCUACUGGUCGGGAUAGUCUUCGUGUUGUCUACCGCAUGUUCUCCGGUCAGGGUGGAGACGCGGCUAUCCAAGAACUGGCGCCCAAACAGUCGCUCUCGCGCCCGACCAUGCACCUGCAACCCGGUGCUGGUUUGGCUCCACCACCUCAGCUGACCCCGAGGACUCCUGCAUUCCCACCUCCCACAUUCAAUAAUAUACCCCCGGAAUCGCUCAGUAAAUGGAAGGAAACAAUAGCGAUGAUGAUUGCGUCACCUCUGAGCCCGGACGCUUCGCAGACCUUGUCUGCCUUGGGCGAUCAACUGUUUUCCUGCGGAUGGAUCGAGGCUGCUCAUGCUUGCUAUUUACUUUCUCCUCUAGCAUCUCGCCUUGGUGGAAGCGGAACGCCUGGUACACGAAUUACAUUGCUUGGUUCCAAGCCCCCGCACCUCUUCCCUUCGUUCGCUAAGAAUCCCGAUCACCUCAUCUUUUCUGAGAUCCUCGAAUAUGCAAUGUCGCUGGUACCAGUUGCCAAAGGCCAAGAGCCAUUCAAUGGUCUCAAUCACCUACAACCGUAUCGUCUAUUGCAUGCCACAUGGCUUGCCGAACUUGGAUAUAUUCAAGAAGCUAACCGCUACUGCGACGCCAUCACCGCCUCCAUAGCCAAACCGUCACCCUACUUCACCCCGACAUUUGUUCACCAGCUUCGGAGCCUGGUAGAUCGCAUCUCAGGUGUGGCGCAUUCCGAAAAAUCCAACUCGUGGAUCGGCGGGAAGAUCAGCAAGCCCAGUCUCGAUUCCAUCGGUGGCUGGUUGGAGGGUCGAUUCACGAAGCUGGUUACCGGGGACGAAGAUGAAAAUUCCCCGAAGGAGGGUAGCGAAGCUGCACAGCAGAAGCCUUUCGACGGACCGUUCGCACAUUACAGUACGAUUUCGACCACGCCUUCGGCGCGUUCGUCUCCUCAGCCUCGACCUCCAGUGACGAACCCAUACGGUGUACCCCAGCGGACGUCGUCAGCGAUGGCAAUGUCGUCUCCGUAUCAGUCCUACGCGCCUGCUCCCAUUGAUCGGGCAUCCUCUGCGAUUGACUAUAUCAAGCACCAGAGGCUUGGGCGACAAUCCCCCGCACCUCCUGUUCCACCUUUGCCCGCCCAUUUGUCUCAGGGACUCGGACUCAACACCAACGCGGCACCUGCGAACAAUGCGCCCCACGGUUCAUCUCCGUUGGCCAGUCCGGCGAUGGAGACCCCGGUUCAACAGGCGCCCUCGUCCUCGUGGUGGGAUUAUACUUCAGGGGGAGGGAAUGCUACCACCCCUACGGCUACUUCUUUCAUGAAGGUGGACGAACCUGUGGCGGCGGAACCAUCCAGCGACGGGUUCAUCUCAUUGAUGGACUCGCAGAACUUUACCUAUGGAGCGACGUCGCCUGCUGCGCCUUCUCACACCACUCCUCGGUAUGAAGAGGAGGAAGACAUUGAGGAUCUUGGUUUCGGGAAUUCCAAGAAGAAGAAGGACAGCGAGGAGAGCGAGGAGGGUAGCGGUAAGGCUGAAGCGGCGAAACCCGAGCCUGCUAAAGCUGCACCUCCGCCUGCUGAGAAGAAGCAAGAGCAACAAGCUUCUGGAGGUGGUUGGUUAAGUCGAUGGUGGAAGGGUAGCAAGGAUGAGGGCAGUGGUGGCGGGCCCGUCAAGGCCAACCUUGGUGAAGAGAAUAGUUUCUAUUAUGACAAGGAACUCAAACGAUGGGUUAACAAAAAGGCUGGAGCAGAAGAGGCUAAACCAGCGCCUGUCCCUCCUCCCCCGCCAUCGCGUGCUCAAACGGCCUCUCCUUCGAAAACAGCGAUGCGGCCGUCACCCCUCGGAAACAGCACACCUCCACCGCCUCGGGCGUCUUCAGCAAUGGGCGGCAUGUUAUCCGAAGGUCCACCGCCAGCGCGUGUGCGGUCGAACCUGGUUCCAGUCGAAGCGGGAGGUGGCACACCACCACCUCCGCCGAUGGGUGGCAGUCGACCACCUUCUGCGGCUUCGAUGGGUGGACCGCCUGGAGGACCGCCUAGUGCACCGGGCUCUGGUCCUCCCAGCCGUCCUAGCUCUGGAGCAGCGAAGAAGAAGAAUUUGAGGAGUCGCUAUGUUGAUGUCUUCCAGCAAGAAAACGCGGCGGCUUAG